CAACAGCAAUGACACAGAGAUCACAGAGUGGACUCGUGAAGCCAUGCAAACGCAGUUAGAGUGGCUGUUUGUCAGCAUGAUGGUCACAAACGAAACUGUCAACCACUUUGGCUUCAACCAAACAAUGAUUAUCUACACUAUAAACAUGAAGAGGAGGUCUCUCCUCUAUAUUGCAAACUUCUUGCUGCCGGUUUUCUUCUUCUUGUGCCUGGACUUCGGCUCCUUCCUGAUGUCAGACACCGGUGGAGAAAAAGUUGGCUUUAAGAUCACAUUGCUGCUUUCAGUCACAGUGAUGCAGCUCAUCCUCAACGACAUUCUGCCCUGUUCAUCAGACCGGAUUCCCCUCACAGGUAGAGAAGAUUUUAGUUCCCAGCUGCAUCACCAACAUGCUGAUGAAGAUGCUUUUCUUUCACCAGUGGCGUACUGCAUUGGGAUUUUCUCUCUUAUGUUGGUAAGUCUCUUAGAGACAAUUUUGGUGAUUCAUCUGAUUGGUAAAGAUGAACAAGAGGAAGAGAAGCAAAGAGAGAAUGAUAGUCGGGAGGAGAAAGGCUGUUUCACAGUGGUAAAGAAACAGAGCCGCUUACCAUCGGUUGAAAACAUGCCAUCUCCGAACAAAGAGGGCAGCACAAGCAGAAAUACAGAUGUGUCCCACACAAUAGAGAAGAUUUCAGAGGAGCUUGGAGAAAGCAGGAAAACAAUAACUCUCCUCUGCAGCAGAAGUCAAGAUAAGAAACCAGGCUACUGGACGGGAGUGGCUCAAAAAAUCAACAAGGUGUUUGCUUUUAUUUACAUCAUAUCAGCCAUCUUGUUUUUGUUAACUAUUGCUAUAAUGUGGUAUCCUCCUCAUGUCCAGAAAUAAGACGUAUUCAGAUAAGUUCACUUUUCGACUUGAUAUUUAAUGUACGUUUAGUGUCCUCCAGAACAUAAUCUCUGGUUAAUACUGGAUGUGUUUUUGACACCAGUCAAAAAUCUUUGGCAUUCUCUCUAUAUAUACAGAGAAUGCAUGUCUAGUGUUGAAAGACAUAAAAAAAAGGAAUUUGUUUCUCAUUAUUAAGAUGGAUCCAAGCAUACAUCCAACUCAACACAAAUUUGGUCUCAUUAAAUGUAAUUUAUAGUUUGACAGUGAAAGAACAGAGCUAAAUCUGACAUAAAAUCUGUGGGACCACCUGAUGAGAGCCGUGAACAAGAAAUGUCUUCACUUUAUAAAUUAAGCAAAUAUUGACAAUCAAAAUGUGGAUGGAAACAAAAAGAAGGUUGAAUGCUGAAACUGAAACCUGAACAACAGCAUUAUAUUAAGAUUGUGAGCACAUUAACAACGCUGACAGAUGUUUCCUUUUCAGUGUAAUUGUACAUAUUACAGCUAUAUUACAGUUACAACUGAAUUCAUCAACAUUUUCUCACUUUUCUUUAUGAUAAAAAAACAAACCCUGGUAUAAUGUGUGAAAUUGCUUCCUGUCUGUAUUUAAGAUGUAACUACAGUUCAUGUGUACAAUAAAAAUCCCGAGAACUUGGUUAUUUUACUGUUGUUACAUUGCACACAAAUGCACACACACACACCUACACCUUCAUGCUGCAAGGACCGUAAGGCUG